CUUCCGCAACCAAUGCAUCAUGGGAAAAUAACAAAUGGCUGCCGAGGGCACCUAGCAUGGGAUCAUAAAUGUGAUGGAGGUCAAUAAACCCUUCAUGGGUUCAUGCGAUGUAUCGCAGUCCUCCUAGGUUUAUAUUUUAUAUCAAUAUCUAGGGUUUCGGUGACUUUUCAUAGCCUUAACAGCAUGGGUAUCAAACGGAAAGAUUUCCAAAAAGCCGCUGCAUUCAUUAAUGAGUUUCUGUUGAAACUCAAUGAAGACGCAGAAGGAUCUGAGCUAAGGGACACCUUGAAUUUGGCCCUUCUACAUAUGCAGAAGUACUAUCGAAUGCUGCAGACCAGGUCUCAUGAAAAGAAUGCAGAAAAAACAUUAUCGCUCUCAGCUAGGGGCUUUAGUCCAAUGACUCCUUUUGUUGAUGCCCCUGACAAAUUUCAGUGGAAAUGGGUGAACUUAGACAACCUGAAAAACUUACAGGGAAUAAUGACAGAUGAAAGCAUGAAUAUAACUACAUUGCCUCCAAUAAUGCAAGCAGUGAAACAGAAAGACUCGGACUUGCUAAUGGAGCUUGUUCAAGGAGAUCCUCAUUGCAUUGAUGAACAAGAUGGAAUAGGAAGAACAGCUUUGUCUUAUGCUGUACAUUUUCAUCAAAAUGAAAUGCUUAACUAUCUCUUGGAAAAUCAGGCAGAUGUUAACAUCACAGGCCAUGAUGGAUCCACUGCACUUCACCAGGCCUGCCAUGAUGCUAACCAUGUGGCUCUCAGUUUGUUGCUACAGUAUGGUGGAGAUUUUACAAUACAAGAUAGUCAUGGGAGAGCACCCAUACACUGGGCAGUGACAACGAAAUCCACAGAGUGUUUAAAGUACUUAAUUCAGCACAAUGCCGAUGUUAACAUCCGUGACAAAGAUGGCAUUACACCUUGUAUGUGGGCAUGUCGGCUAGAUCACAUCAAACAUUUUGAACUGUUGAGUAGCUCCCCAAACUUCACGGUGGAUGAGGCUGAUGGUAUCGAGAGAGAUCUGAAUGGGAGGACAUGGAUGCAUUGGUCUGUCAGAAGAACAGAACCACUGGAGUGCUUACAGACUCUACUGACCUCAGAAACAGCAAAAAUAAAAGAUGAAAAUGGUAAAACAGUUCUGUUAUUGGCUGCAGAGACAGGUUCCUUACUGGCCUGUAAGAUAAUUUUAGAGAUAGCUGGUCGACAAAGAGUAGUGGACCGUGACAACAAUGAUCGGUCAGCAUUACAUUUGGCUUCUAUAAAUGGGCAUGGUGAUGUCAUCAACCACUUGUUAGACUAUGGAGCCGAUUUGAACUUGCUGGACAAGUUUAAUGCCACUGCUUGGGAUUAUGCCAGGAACAAGCAGCUCCAUUAUUGUCAGCUGAUCAUCAUGUCACACCAGCGUCAACGUUUACAGAGUAACCCCAGUACACCUAUUCCUAACCGUAUGGGGCUUUCUAUGACCAGCUUUAAUGGAUUGGGAAAUGGAGAUCUGGACUAUGAAUAUAUGAUGAAUUCCAGGCAGAGCACUGAUUAUAGAACCCCCAUUACCCCUCCUCAUCCUCCCAAGAGACCCAGGACAAUGUCUACCCCCAGAACCCCCCUCAGACGAUCCCAAAGUCUAGGCUUAUCUGAACCUAAACAAUCCUCUAACUAUGUGGAGGACAACCGUCAGUCAACAAGUGCAGGGGGAGAGUUCCAGAACCGACGAAAGGAGAGAAUUGAGGUUCAGCUUAAUCACCAGAGAAGGGGUUUGAUGAAUGGAGACGGCCAUUCUGUCAAUUAUGUCCAGCGGGAGGACAUCCCCAUGAUGUCAGAUGAUGAUGCAGUACAAGAUGAGGAGGAUGUUGAUGGAGUGAGUGUAGGAGGGAUGGAUGUGUCAGACAUUGAGGAUGAGGACCAUGAUAGCAUGUCAAUGGCCUCACGUCAGACUGGAGGUCAUGCUAGUCAGAGGAGCUUUAAUAGUCAGGGAUCAUUAAAGCCCCGCCCACCUCCCAGAUAUCCCCACCAACCCAGCCCACCGAAACAACAUUACUCCCAGCCACAGGGACCACCUUUCAAUAAACCAAGAGAAGAAAAUCAAGAUGGCUUCCCAAUGCAGAGAGUAAUGCAACCAAAGCCUCCACCAAAAUUUAACCAGGCAGUGAUUGCUCCACACUUUGAUCAGUCAAUAAAUCUUCAAGAGACUUUCCCUCCAGCUCGCCCCAGACCCGCCCCUCGUCAGGCUCAGAUUUACAGACAACAGCCCCCCAGACCUCCUCCCCCAAGAAGAACUCCCUCUCCAGUGAGGCCUAACUCUGGUAACAAGGACCAGGAGAGGGGGAGAUUUAGUCCCGAAAGUCCAGAGCAAAACUUUACAAAGAAACCCUCGCCACCUAGUGAGCAGAACAGGCCAGACUCUGGAAGCAAACCUCCAGGAGUGGUGGAAGGCAGAAAAAUCCCUCCUCCCAUGCUUACCCCACUGGAGAAUGCUCCCGUACCUCCAACCUUUAACUUGUUUGAAAAAAAGGAACGAAAAAAGAAAAAGAAGAAACGAGAGAGGGAAAGAGAAAAAGAGAAGGAGAAAGAAAGAGAAAGUGACAUUAAAUCUCCACCUAUGGACAUAGAGCCACCUCGGGGAUAUGCUGCCCCCCUGCAUCCUCCCCCCUCUGCCAGUAUACGCUCCCAGAGAGCACAGUCAGGGAUCCCAGCACCAAGAUACUCAAAACAGCAACCUCAGAGGCACGAGUCAAGGUAUGUUGAUGAGAGUAUGGAUGAAGAAUAUAAAGAGGAUACAAAAGGGCCUUUAGUUAAUGGACAUGCUGUGCCUGUCAGGGAUGCCCCUCUCAAGGCCUCCCCAGGGGCUCCUCGCCUUCAGAACAUGGACAGUGAGGACUAUCCUGAGGAAAAUGGAGACACCAUAUUACAGGAUGUCAUCAAUGAAGAGGACGAUACUGCGGGACCCCUUAUACCCCCUCCCCAGGGAUUCCGAAGUCCUGGACAUGCCCAGGGAAGGGCAUUGUCUCAGUCUGUUCCACAGGACAGCAGAACAGCCCGAAUGACCCCAACAAGUGCUAAGCCUCCCAUUCCCUCGGGAAGGAGCAGCGGCCGCAGUAGUACGUACGGGAAAAGUCCUUCCCCUCACUCUCGUCGUUCCCGCCCCCCUACAGGUCGAUCGUAACUGAUGUGCCUCUUUUAUACACAGUGAUUUGUUAAUAUUUCCGCCGUAUAAGCUAGAGUAGUGAGAGAAAACUGUCAGUACAGCUUCCUGUAAACUGUAAUCUGUGAUAUAUAUAUCCUAUGUUCUCAUUUAUUUAUUGCCAGUCAGAGAAUUAGAGAACUUAUUUAUUGAUGAAUGAUAGUUAGAAUGGUAGGAAAAUGUGCAAGAGAAAAGUAUUAUUUUACAGAUUUUUUUGUUUUGAUUCUGUGUUAUUGAUAAUAUCAUAAAAGGUAUUGAAUACCUUUUCAAAUGAUUAUUUUUUAAUACACCACACACAUUAAAAGAAAAGGAACUUACGGACAACUUGUGUAGAAAACAAACUUAAGACUGUACAGUGCAUACUCUGCACACAAUUCGUUUUGAUUAUUCACAAUAUGUUAAAAUGUUGCUGGUUUUUAGUUACUGUUAGAAAAAAAAGUGUUAAGAAAUGCUUUUUUAUACACAUGCAUAUUAUAUAAUUUUAUCAAUAAUUUACUGUUAAUUUGA